UUUUAUUUGUGCCAACUAGGUAAACCAAUAUAAACCUUAAUGGGAGAAGAAAAUCAAAGCUUAGUGGCUGAGUUUAUCUUCCUGGGCCUUUCACAGGACUGGCAGAGCCAGAUUCUGCUCUUUAUUCUUUUCCUUAUCAUUUAUCUGCUGACUGUGCUUGGAAACCUACUCAUCGUCAUUCUCAUCUUCAUGGAUUCUCGACUUCACACCCCCAUGUACUUUUUUCUUAGAAACCUCUCUUUUGCAGAUCUCUGUUUCUCAACUAGCAUUGUCCCUCAAAUGUUGAUCCACUUCCUGGUAAAGAAGAAAACCAUUUCUUUUUUUGGAUGUAUGACACAAAUCAUUGUGUUCCUUCUGGUUGGAUGUACAGAGUGCGCUUUGCUGGCGGUGAUGUCCUAUGACCGCUAUGUGGCUGUCUGCAAGCCCCUGCACUACUCUACCAUCAUGACACAACCGGUAUGCUUCCAGUUGGCUGUAGGGUCCUGGGCAAGUGGGGCACUAGUGUCUCUAGUAGAUACCACUUUUACUUUCCGUCUUCCCUAUCGAGGACUGAACAUAAUCAAUCACUACUUUUGUGAACCUCCUGCCCUCUUGAAGCUGGCUUCAGCAGACACUUACAGCACAGAAAUGGCCAUCUUUGCAAUGGGCGUGGUCAUCCUCCUGGCUCCUGUCUCCCUCAUCCUUGUCUCCUACUGGAAUAUCAUCUCCACUGUGAUCCGGAUGCAGUCUGGGGAGGGGAGGCUGAAGGCUUUCUCCACCUGUGGCUCCCAUCUCAUUGUCGUUGUCCUCUUCUAUGGAUCAGGAAUAUUUACGUACAUGAGGCCAAACUCCAAGACUAUAAAAGAGCGGGAUAAGAUGAUAUCUGUGUUCUAUACAGUUGUGACUCCAAUGUUGAACCCCAUCAUUUAUAGCCUGAGGAACAAGGAUGUCAAGGGGGCUCUCAGAAAACUAGCUGGAAGGAAGUCCUUCUCUCAAAGACAAUAA